AUGGCUGUAUCACUUCAAACCAAGUACCCUCUAAGACCCAUCACCAACAACAUCCCAAGAAGCCACCGUCCGUCGCUUCUCCAUGUUCGUGUCACCUGCUCUGCUACUACCACCACCACCAAACCUCAGCCUAACCGUGAGAAGCUUGUGGUUGAGAAACGUUUUGUAACUCCUCCUCUCUCCAACGACCCAACUCUGCAGUCGACAUGGAACCACCGGUUAUGGGUUGCAGCAGGCUGCACCACCUUGUUUGCCUCUUUAGCUAAAUCCAUCAUCGGAGGGAUUGGUUCUCAUACCUGGCUUGAACCAGCUUUAGCCGGUUAUGCAGGCUACAUCCUAGCUGAUCUAGGCUCUGGUGUCUACCACUGGGCCAUAGAUAACUACGGUGACGAGUCAACGCCUAUUGUAGGAUCCCAAAUCGAAGCAUUUCAGGGUCACCACAAGUGGCCUUGGACAAUCACCAGACGCCAAUUUGCCAACAAUCUUCACGCUCUGGCUCGGGUCAUAACAUUCACUGUUCUUCCACUAGACCUUGCGUUUAAUGACCCUGUGGUUCACGGCUUUGUGAGCACAUGUGCGUUCUGCAUAAUGUUUAGCCAGCAGUUUCAUGCAUGGGCUCAUGGAACCAAGAGCAAGCUUCCACCUCUCGUGGUGGCGUUGCAGGACAUGGGGCUGCUUGUUUCACGGAGACAGCACGCGGAACAUCACCGAGCACCGUAUAACAACAACUACUGCAUAGUGAGUGGGGUUUGGAACAAGGUUUUGGAUGAAAGUAAGUUCUUUGAGGCAUUGGAGAUGGUGUUGUAUCUCCAGCUCGGCGUGAGACCAAGGUCAUGGAGCGAGCCAAACUCGGAAUGGACAGAAGAAACAGAGAUCUCCAACAACAAUGCAUAA